AUGGUCAGUGCCCACGCCGACGGGUGCACCAUGAAGGAAGGACACAAAGCCGCAACGGCAGAGCCAAAAGCCAAAGAGGAGCAAAGCCAAGGGCAUCAACCGGGAGCCCCCUGGCGGCCAGCUCACCAUCGUCGACUUGGUCCUGUCCGUGCGUCACGGGCGGAGAUGGACUUUGCUCCCUGUUCAACAUCUGCCUGUCACUUGACUGUUCCUCGAGCAAAAGGCCGACGAUGCCGGAGUGGUUGUUGCCCUGGACGAAGCACACACACAAGUACAAUUGACACAAACAGCGCGGAAUGCCAGGCCUGGACAGAAUCCCUCCUGCUCCAAAACCAUCCGGCUGCAAAACGCCACCUAGGAGCGAGGGUCAUCAUCUCGACGCAGGAACCGACCAUCUAUCACCCCAAAACUGUUGGACUUUGUGCAAGCGUGUGA